AUGUCUGAAGAAAGCCUUAAGAAUAAACACCUAAGUGGUUCAGAAAAACGCAAAAAGCGCCUUGAACAACAAAACAAGCGAGAUGAAGUGUUAAAGAAGACAUACAACCUUUUUCAACUUGGAUUCAGCCGUCAAUCGCCAGAGAUCCAACUUUCUCCAAGUACGUCUACUGGCCAAUCUUCGGAUACAAACGCGGUAGAACUUCCUUCCGAGUGUUCUGAGCAGACUCAACAGGAUAAAGAAACAUCUACUUCGAAGUGUGCAGACGGAGGCGAGGACGAGGUCCAAAUACUAAAUCAAAGCAUUGAACAACUUGGAGUAGAAUAUCAGAAUGACAUUGGAAUAUGGCAAAAUAUUAAUAACGAAAUACAAGAUUUUUGGUGUGCAAGAGAUCCAAACGAAUGCCAAAACUUUGAAUGCGAUUUUUCUGCUUCAAGUCGAUAUGGUGGUAAAAUAAAACGAGAGUGGCUUAUGUAUUCUCCAUCUACUGGAAAAGUAUUCUGUUUUCCAUGUGUUCUUUUUGGUGAAGAGCAGAGUCGAUCGCAAUUCAAAACUGGAUUUUCUGAUUGGAAAAAUGCGACAGACAGAAUGCAAGCCCAUGAGAAUAAUUCAAAACACCAAGAAUGUGUUCAUACCCUUAUUAGUAGACGCCGUAUUCAUGGACGAAUUGACACCUCUUUGGAAAUUUCCAUCAACAAAGAAAGAGAAUAUUGGACACAAAUUUUACAAAGACUAGUAUCGGUCAUCAAAUUUGUAUCAUCUCGUGGAUUGCCAUUUCGUGGGGAUGAUGAAAUUCUUGGUUCUCAGCAUAAUGGUAACUAUUUGGGAAUUUUAGAAUUACUCGCCGAGUAUGAUCCUUUUCUUAGUGCUCAUUUAGCUAAAUAUGGCAAUAAAGGAAAAGGAAGACCAUCAUAUUUGUCUUCAACAAUUUGUGAGGAAUUGAUUGAAAUAUUCGGAAACCGGGUUUUAGAAUUUAUUGUGAACGAAAUUAUCGAAGCUAAAUAUUUCUAUAUAAGUGUCGAUUCCACACCAGACAUUUCUCAUACUGACCAGUUGACUGUAGUGCUGAGAUAUGUCAAGUCAAACGGAGAAGUAGCAGAACGUUUUCUGGCCUUUAUUCCAAUGGCCAGUCAUAAAGGGGAAGAACAAGCAGAAGCAAUUUUGAAAUUUUUAAAUAAAUAUCAUAUUAACAUCAAAAAUGCGAGAGGGCAGUCAUACGAUAACGCUUCAAAUAUGUCAGGUUGCUAUAAUGGCCUACAGGCGCAUAUUAAAAAAAUUAAUUCUCUCGCACAUUACAUUCCAUGUGCAUCGCAUUCCCUAAAUUUGGUGGGAGUGCGUGCUGCAGAGUGUAGCAUUGGUGCAAUAAGUUUUUUUGGAUUUGUGCAGACCUUGUAUAACUUUUUCUCCGCAUCAACUCAUCGCUGGGGAAUAAUGCAAAAUAACAUUGAAAACGGAUUAGUUCUAAAAAAAAAAGCUUUGCAGUCUAUUAUUGAAGACAAAACACAAACAACACAAACAAUUCACGAGGCUCGUUGUUUGAUCAAAGAAUUUAAAAAAAAAGAAAAUGUAAUGACACUUUUCUGGAAUGCCAUACUGGAUCGGAUAAAUGCAGUAAGCAAAUCCCUACAACAUCCAGCCAUCGAACUUACAACAGCAGUCGAUCUUUUAAAAUCGCUCUUACAUUUUUUGGCAUCGCAGCGGGAAUUGUUUGAUGAGUAUGAAAUGCAGGCAAACCAAAAAACCAACAUCGAAUACAGUGAUGAAAAUCAGAGGGUUAGAAGAAGAAAAAAGUAUCAUGAUGAAGGAAGUGGAGAAGAAGUCUUACUGAAUGGAAAACAAAAGUUUAAAAUUGAAACGUAUUUGCCAAUAUUAGAUAUGCUGUACGGAGAAUUAUCGCGAAGAUUAAAAGCCUAUGAGGAAAUUAAUUCUCUCUUCGGAUUUUUAACAGAUUUCAUGACAAAGACGAACCAAGAGAUCAAAGACGCAUGUAUAAAAUUCAUUGAAUAUUAUUCUGACGACAUCGAGCCACAGUUUACUAAUGAGAUGGUGCAAUUCAAGUUUUUUAUGUUGCAAUCAGAGGAUGCACCAGAAAAAUCUAAAAUUGUGGAUGCCGAGAAGUUACUCAAAAUAAUUUCAGAUUAA